ACAUGAAAUUCGUAAUCGUUUGGACAUUUUUGGCAUUGAUUUUGCUGUCGGCCACCAACGCCGAGGAAGAGAAGAAAGAUUGCGGUGAUCCCGAAAAGGAUGGUCAAGUUACUGCUUGGUUUAAAAAUGCCGGUUGCACCUUGAAACCCUAUGCCGAUACUGUCGCCACUAAGGCCAAGGAAUUCGGUAAUACCGUAGCUCAGAAAUACGAUGAGGUCAAACAUAAACUUACCGAUAGUGAGGAGAAGCCUGAUGCAGCAUCCUCCGCUCCAGCCGCCACCGUGGUAACAUCCACCGAGAAGAUACCACUGGCACCAUUGCCUGGCCACGAAGAUGCCUCCAAAUCCAGCACAGGUGAGCAUUACAAAUCCACACCAGUCGUACCAGAAGCUAUAGAUGAUCGUUUCCUUUUGCAGUAUCAGGGGCGUGAUUGUCCAAAUGGCCAAGUACGCGAUCAUAGAAAUCAGUGCCGUGCCGGAGUGUGA